UUGGAUUCUAACUCUUUGUUUUCCAGUUUGGGUUGGUUUACGAACCUUCCCAUUACUGGAUUAAAAACUUGGGUUGGGUAAAGACCAUUUUAAUGCCUGGUCUCAGAAUGUUUGACUAGGACAAACACUUUCUACUGUUUAUACAAUUUGCAAGCUUCCCAAGUGAAUUCCUAUUGCUCUAGCAAAUUUUUUGCCACCAUCUCUGGUCAGGUGCAUUUCUACAAUCUACAAGUUGUCAAUCCCAUUCUAUUUGCUAAUUCAAUAUUGACACUUUUUAUUGAUCUGAUUGGAAAAAUUUGAAAUUUAUGUAUUCUUGUUGAUUGAAAGAGUGUAAACAUGGAGACGGAUGGGUUUGAGCAAUUGAAGAAUCAGUUGAAGGAGUGGUUACAAGAAGCUGAAAAAUUGGUUGAGCAGAUACCUCAAACUCAACUUUAUGCAACAAUUGGGGCUCUGGUGCUGACUACCUUUCUCCUCUUAUUAGCUCGUUUGUUCAGGAGCACAAAGCCCAACACCAUUGUUCUGACUGGGUUAAGUGGAAGUGGAAAAACUGUUAUUUUCUACCAACUACAAGAUGGCUCUUCCCAUCAGGGUACUGUGACCUCGAUGGAACCAAAUGAAGGUACUUUUGUGCUACAUUCUGAAAAGAGCAAGGAGGGCAAAAUAAAGCCUGUUCAUAUUGUUGAUGUCCCUGGGCAUUCUCGUCUUCGACCCAAAUUAGAUGAGUUCUUUCCUCAAGCAGCUGGCAUAGUGUUUGUAGUGGACGCUUUGGAAUUCUUGCCAAAUUGCCGUGCUGCUUCAGAGUACCUCUAUGAUAUUUUGAGGGCAGUUGUUGUAAAGAAGAAAAUUCCCAUACUUAUCCUCUGCAACAAGGUGGAUAAAGUGACCGCACACACCAAGGAGUUCAUACGGAAACAACUGGAGAAAGAAAUCGACAAUCUCCGGGCCUCAAGAACUGCUGUAUCAGCAGCUGAUGUUGCUAAUGAAUACUCUCUUGGUGUCCCUGGCAAAGCCUUCUCAUUCUCUCAGUGCCUGAACAGAGUGACUGUUGCAGAAUCCUCUGGCUUGACUGGUGAAAUAACUCAGCUGGAGCAGUUCAUCAGGGAGCAUGUGAAGGGUUAACAGGAUAAUUUUACUUAUUCCCAACUGAAUUGUAUCUCAAGAUUAAUUGGUCUUCCUGGCUUAAUGCUGGAGUAUUUCAAGAAGUAAUGGCCAAAUAAAUUGCAAGAGUGGAAGGGAAAAAGAUCUGAAGCUACAGUUAAGGCAUUCAAGUCAUAUCAUGGAGGUUGUGGUUCUGGUUGUCUGGGUGUACUUGAACCACUUAUGGAUACAAUGUCAUUGGUAUCCUGUAGUAAUAUGCAAGCACAUAGUGUUUGAGACUUUGGGAUGAAUGGCUGCAAAUUGCCAGGAACCGUCGCAUAUUCUACAUUCUUUGAUGCAUCUGAAUUUUUCUUAGCGUCA